GCGUUUUGUAAAGGGUCACGUUGCGCUGCAGCAGUGAAACAGGAGACCUCUCCGCAUCCUCCGCACCCUGCUCACCUGCUCUCUCUGUGCCCAGACACCCAUCUGCAGCCACCAUGACUCACCAGUAUCCCGCGCUGACUGCCGAGCAGAAGAAGGAGCUGCAGGACAUCGCUCAGAGGAUAGUUGCUCCAGGAAAGGGCAUCCUCGCAGCUGAUGAAUCCACCGGCAGCAUGGCGAAGCGUUUGAACCCCAUCGGGGUUGAGAACACAGAGGAGAACAGGCGUCGCUACCGCCAGCUGCUCUUCACAGCCGACCAGCGCAUCGACAGCUGCAUCGGAGGGGUCAUCUUCUUCCAUGAAACCCUCUACCAGAACACAGACGACGGCACUUCCUUCGCCAAGCUCAUCAAAGACCGCGGGAUUGUCGUCGGGAUCAAGGUGGACAAAGGUGUUGUGCCCCUCGCUGGAACAAAUGGAGAGACCACCACUCAGGGUCUGGACGGGCUGUCGGAGCGCUGCGCACAGUACAAGAAGGACGGUGCAGACUUCGCCAAGUGGCGAAGCGUGCUGAAGAUCAGCGACACCACGCCGUCUGAACUGGCCAUCUUUGAGAAUGCUAAUGUUCUGGCCCGAUAUGCCAGCAUCUGCCAGCAGAAUGGUAUUGUUCCUAUUGUGGAGCCUGAGAUCCUUCCUGAUGGAGAACAUGACCUGAAGCGUUGCCAGUACGUCACUGAGAAGGUCCUCGCCGCAGUCUACAAAGCCCUGUCAGACCACCACGUGUACCUGGAAGGGACACUGCUCAAACCCAACAUGGUCACAGCCGGACACUCCUGCCCCAACAAGUACAGCAGCGAGGAAAUUGCCAUGGCAACCGUCACUGCCCUGCGUCGCACAGUGCCUCCUGCUGUCACAGGAGUGACAUUCUUGUCAGGUGGCCAGUCUGAGGAAGAGGCCAGCAUUAACCUCAACUCCAUUAACACCUGCCCGCUCGCCAAGCCCUGGGCUCUGACUUUCUCCUAUGGCCGCGCCCUGCAGGCCUCCGCCCUGAACGCCUGGAGAGGAGAACUGAGCAACGAGAAGGCCGCCACUGAGGAGUUCAUCAAACGUGCUGAGGCAAACGGACUGGCUGCACUCGGCAAGUACGAGUCCUCUGGAAGCGGUGCCGCUGCAGGACAAUCCCUCUACGUGGCUAACCACGCCUACUAAACAUCUACCACACUCAGCUGUGGCCUAGUUAUAGUCUUAUAUCUGCUCUGCUAUUCCCCCUCACUCCUCCAUCAAUCACAGGCCUGCGCUGUCUACUGUACUUUAGAGUUGUUCAGUUAUUAAAAUGACAUGAUUAGAUAUGUGUAUUUAAAAAUAUAAUGUGAAACUACUGUACUGAAGGGAACAGGCUUGUUUUAAUUUUCUAUUUAACCAAACAAAUCAGACCUGCUUAACAAUUAUGACAAUUUAUGACUGACGUGGAAUGCCAGAGUUAGGAAGCGAGAGGCUGCCGAAUUUUAACAGUAGAUCAAGAUAAUCAGUCAGUAUUCAAUUCACGCCUCUUCUUUACUGCUCCUAUCUACCCCACAGGAUAUAUCUUGAGCCGCUCCCAAGCAGGGAGGUGUGUGUGUCGGCGUUUUGCUUCUGUCAGAACAGUGUUGGCUCAUUCGUAAAGCGUUAACUAACAUCCUUCCUGACAGUGGGACCAACCGAUUAUUAGCAUCAGCACAUCCGUUAGGGGACAAACAGUGACGACUUUUCAGAUUGAGUUGAUUUUUCGGAGCGACUGUACAAAUGUGCGUAGAUCUUUCAGAAAGCCGUAUCUCCAGCUGAGGUCAUGAGACACUCUGUGAUAAACCAGUACACACCAGGAUUCAUCCUAACAGCUCAUCCUAACCUUUCUGUUCUCACGCUUCUAAUCACCACUAAUCAGAGAAACAUCUUGUGUGUCUGUUCUCAGCAUAACAUUAUCUUUAAAUUACAUACAGUAAUUAAUGUAUUCAGUUGUGUGGAGGUGUCGAUAUUAUGUGAUGCUUGUGUGUCAUUAUUCCCCCCUCCUGAUUCCCCCGGCCCGCCCCACAGGAAGAGGAGAUGGUUUCUAUUGAUAUAAUGCGGACCAAUACGUGGGACAAGCAGCGGGGGAAACAGUCACUGCUGUGUUGGAAUACUGUGAUGUUUGUGAUGUCAAUAUUGUUCUUGAAGCACUCGGUGUGUCAAAUAGUGGAGAAAAAUAAACUAAAAUAAACAUUAAAAAUUA